AAAACACACUAUUAAAGAGAAAAAGAAAAAAGAGUAAGCAGUGAAGAAUUAGAGUUAGCUAUCGUGGAUAUGGCAGAAAGAAAAAGUAAAUAAGAGAUCUCUGACGGCUGGGGUUGGACAAGGAAUUAAUAAAAUGAUAAAAUGGAAGGAGUGAGCAAUGGAGGGAUGCUGUACCAUGAGGUGCAAGAGGCAAAGCUAUGUGCAGUACAUUGUGUGAACACGGUGUUACAAGGACCCUUCUUCUCAGAAUUUGAUUUGGCGGCGCUUGCAUCGGAUCUUGAUUGCAAGGAGCGUCAGAUGAUGCAAAUGGGUGGCUCUUCCACCGGGGAUUUUCUCUCCGUCGAGUCUCAUAAUGUUUCAUUGGAUGGUGACUUUAGUAUCCAGGUCUUAGAAAAGGCGUUAGAGGUGUGGGAUUUGCAGGUCAUCCCCCUGAACAGUCCAGUUGCAGAGCCUGCACAGAUUGACCCUGAUCUGGAAAAUGCAUUUAUUUGCCAUUUGCAUGAUCAUUGGUUCUGUAUAAGGAAAGUAAAUGGGGAGUGGUAUAACUUUGACAGUCUCUAUGCUGCACCAGAGCACCUGUCUAAGUUUUAUCUUGCAGCCUAUCUAGAUUCUUUGAAGAGCUCUGGUUGGAGCAUUUUCCUAGUAAGAGGAAACUUCCCAAAAGAGUUUCCAAUAGCAUCAUCAGAAGCUUCUAAUGGUUAUGGGCAGUGGCUAUCUCCUGAAGAUGCUGAGAGGAUCACCAAAUCGUGUUCUCAGAGAAUCAAUCUGACUCAACAGAAUUCUGAUGCAGCUGACGAUGCACUUGCAGAAUUUGAAGAUGAGGACUUGAAGGCUGCAAUAGCUGCGAGCUUGAUGGAUUCUUCUCAAGCUACGGCUAGUCUUGAAGCUGGUAGUAGUACUGAAACUGAUAACAAAGAACAUGGAGAAAAAAUUUCACAAUGAGAAUCCGCACUUUUGGAAUCAAUUUUUAUUAGACACUAAUCCGUUUCAGCUAGGAUGUUCUGCAGAUGAUGGAACGGUACACACAUUCUUUGUACUUUUUGUUCUCACAUUUACAUCAAAUCAACCUGAAACAAAAAGAAAACCUCUGUAAGAAACUAUGCCUGUUGGAUGAUUGCAUAAUUUUGGGUUUCAAAUAUAGUGUUGUUUUCUCUUUUCCA